AUGGCGACCUUUUUCCAGAGUGUUCGCCAAGGAUUUGGUCGGGGAGGAAACAAUAAGAGCAACAACCCCCCCAAAAGCCCAGCACAGGCUUCUGCUCCUCAGCACCAAGCCAGCAUGUCGAACUCUCCCUCGAUUUCCAGCAGUUUGUCGGUUGAGAACCAAGCCAACGACCCCGAGGGUCCCAAAUACUUCUUUCAGGAGAAGUAUGCCCCGCUGAACGUGAGGGGCAACUUUUUGACCCUCUGUGCUUGCCCGAAGAAUGUGGAGCUGGGCGAGUGGCUGGCUCACCAGAUUGUUGAACAAUAUCGUCUGCUCCACGGCAUGCUUCAGGUUAUCCAGGAAGUGAACAGCGUGAACGGUCUUCCUAUUUGCAAUGAAAACACUUGUCCGACAAUGUCCGCUGGGCGGCUGACCUACACCUGGCUUGUUGACGGCCGUGCUGCCAAAAUUUCCGCCCCGAAGUUCAUCAACCGUGUCGAGAAAUGGAUUGUCAGCAAGAUCCAUGACCCUGUCAUGUUCCCUACCGAAAACGUCAACGGCAUCCCCGAGACUUCUUCCGUCAAAGAAGCCAACGGUGCAUCAACAACCCCCUCAGAUCCCGCCAACCCAGAUGAGUGGAUUGGCAAGUCCAGUGGUUUCCCGCCAACUUUCUACAAGGACUGCCAGGGAAUCAUGAAGCAGAUGUUCCGCUGCUACGCCCAUCUCUACCAUGCCCAUUGGCUCAACCCCUUCUGGCAUCUCAAUAAGCACGAUGUCCUGAACAUGUGCUUUGUUCACUUUGUGACAGUCUCCAAGUACUACGGCCUUGUGUCUGAGAAGGAGAUGGAGCCCAUGCAGCCCCUGAUUGAGUUGUUCAUCAAACAGCAGCGGGUCCCCCCAGAGGCGCUCAAUGGUGGCCACUGGGCUCAGCAGGCUGCUACUUAA